CAAAUGUGGGUUGAGUGUUUCACCUCCUCAGUGCAACCACAUAAAAACCCAGUUUCAGGGCCAUGGUAAACGAAACAUUUUCUUCACUGAUGUUAAUAUACAUGGGUGUUGUCACAUUGAUCAUAUGUAUUGAAAUAUAUACCAUGAUAACAAUGGAUUCUACUGCUGACAUACUUGCCGCUAUUCUAUACGCAGCUCAAAUGUUCUUUGAGUUUUUCAUCUGUUACUGCUUUCCUGCUCAAGAUCUGACGAAUGAGGCAGAACUUUUAUCCGUUACCAUGUUCGGGACCAAUUGGUACCUAUAUCCAGCAUAUUACAAAGACAUGAUGUUGUUUCUUGGCAAAAGCCGCUUAAAAGUUAUAUACUCAGCUGGAGGUUUGUUUGAUUUAAAUCGUCAAACAGGAAUGGCUGCACUGAAGAACAUGGUAUCAUACAGUAUGUUCCUACACACCAUGACUCAAUUGGAGGCAACGUAAAAUCGUUUUUUCUUACAACCAUCGUGCUAUUAUAAGAUUUUAUACCCUGACUGAUACAUAAAUAUUAAAC